CAUGUGCAGAAGCUGCCGGGGUCGCCCUAGCUGCUGCCGCCGCCGCCGCCGCCGCCUCAGCGGCAGCUCUAUGAUCACUCCCUAGAGCUUUUCGGUUGGCGGCUGCUGCUGCAGUCCUGUGGGUUGCCUGGCCCCAAGAGGCAGUGACAUGGAGGAAUUCGACUCCGAAGACUUCUCCACCUCGGAGGAGGACGAGGACUACGUGCCGUCGGGUGGAGAGUAUAGUGAAGAUGAUGUAAAUGAAUUAGUGAAGGAAGAUGAAGUGGAUGGUGAAGAGCAGACACAGAAAACGAAAGGGAAAAAGAGAAAGGCUCAGAGCAUUCCGGCCAGGAAGAGAAAACAAAGUGGCCUCUUGUUAGAAGAGGAAGAAGAUGCCAAGGCUGAAUCUGGAGGAAGUAGCAGUGAGGAGGAAGAUGAAACAGAAGAGCAGGAGAAAGGUAUUGGGUCGGAGGAUGCAAGGAAAAAGAAGGAGGACGAGCUCUGGGCCAGCUUCCUCAACGAUGUGGGACCAAAACCAAAAUUAGCCUCCAGUACACAGGCAAAGAAAGGAGAGGAGGCUGAAAAGAUGAAUUCAAAUAAAUUGUUGGUCAAAGCAGAAGAGCUGGAGAAACCUAAAGAAACCGAAAAAGUAAAAAUCACCAAGGUGUUUGAUUUUGCUGGUGAAGAAGUAAGGGUGACUAAGGAAGUGGAUGCUACAUCUAAAGAAGCCAAAUCCUUCUUCAAGCAAAAUGAGAAAGAAAAACCACAGGCUAAUGUCCCUUCAGCUGUGCCAUCACUCCCUGCUGGGUCAGGGUUAAAAAGAUCAAGUGGCAUGAGCAGCCUUUUGGGGAAAAUUGGAUCCAAGAAGCAGAAAAUGAGCACCCUUGAGAAGUCAAAAUUGGACUGGGAAAGCUUCAAGGAGGAGGAAGGGAUAGGAGAAGAACUCGCCAUCCAUAAUCGAGGGAAAGAAGGGUACAUUGAACGGAAAGCUUUUCUAGACCGAGUGGACCACAGGCAGUUUGAAAUUGAACGGGAUCUCAGACUGAGCAAAAUGAAACCUUGAUGUUCUGGGAGAAUCCAUAAGCAGCUUAAUCCUGUUGACAAUGUGAGCUUUUUGUGCAUCUGUGAAACGUUUCCAGUUUUCCUCAUCCACUAUUUCCCAGCAAGGUCUUUUUCUACUUUGAGGUUCUGUUUAUGUAUCUUGAUCUCAUGUGGUUUCAUUCAUUUUACUUUUAAGUUUGUCGUUAAAUAAAUAAAUAAAAAUCAGUCCUCUGUGAGGCUGGGGAAGAUGAA